AUGACAAUUCGUGGUGGAGGAAUUCAUCGAAUGAAGGAACAUCUCGCUGGAUUAUCUGGUAAUGUCAUGUCUUGUACUAAAGUUCCUAGUGAGGUUCGUUUUCGAAUGAAAGCAUCAAUCAAAGAACAUGAAGAGAAGAAAAAAGAGAAGAUAAUUAGUGUUGGCUUUGAGAACACAGAUGAAAGUGAAUUCUAUGGUAUUGAUAAUCAAGAGAUUCAAAAUCAUAAAGACAAAAGAGUUGAUAACAAGAGAAAGAAAAUCAGUAGUGAUAUAAAAGAUUUCAUGAAACCUGGAGAACAAAUUGAUGCAUCUCAGCCUAGUAUAAAAGCAUGCAUUCAAAGUAAGGCACGUUGGAAAGAAACUGAUAUGUCCUUGGCUUUAUGGUUUUAUGAUGCUUGCAUUCCUUUAAAUGCUGUGAAUUCACCUCAUUAUCAACACGCAAUUAAUAUGGUAGCAAGUAUGGGACAUGGGUAUAUAGGACCUAAUUAUCAUGCUUUAAGAGUCCCGUUGCUGAAAGAAGCCAAAUUAUUUGUCCAGAAUGCUGUAGACUCGAUGCGAAGUAGAUGGGUUGAGCCGGGGUGCACAAUAAUGGGUGAUGGAUGGACGGAUAAUAGAAGUAGAUCUUUGAUAAACUUCUUAGUUUAUUGUAAUCAGGGUGUGUCCUUCAUAAAGUCUGUAGAUAUAUCUGGCAUAGAAGCAAAUGCAGAAAAUUUGUGCAAUUUGUUUGCUGAAAUUGUUGAGAUUGUUGGAGCUGAAAAUAUAGUGCAUAUGGUUACUGAUAAUGCUCCAAACUAUAAAAAUGUCGGUUCUUUGUUGAAUGAAAGAUAUCCUACAGUAACUUGGUCUCCGUGUGCAGCUCAUUGCAUCAAUUUAAUAAUGAAGGACAUGACAAAAUUGCCUAUGGUACAUGAUUUGAUUACACUUGCAUCUAGGGUGACUGUGUUUGUUUAUAAUCAUAAGUGGCCUCUUAAUUGGUUGAGAAAUAGGUCAGGUUGGACAGAAAUUAUCCGCCCAGGUGAUACACGUUUUGGUACAUGUUUCAUAGCAUUGAAGAGUCUUCAUGAUCACAAAGAACAUUUGCAAGCUUUAGUUACAAGUUCAGAUUUCAAAAAAUAUCUGAAAGUAGCUAAAGCUAAAGAGGUCAAACAGAUUGUACUGGAUGAGCAAUUCUGGAAUAAUUGCUUAAUUAUUUCCAAGAUUAUGGGUCCAAUUAUGAGAUUGUUGCGUAUAUGUGACUCGGAUGAGAAACCUUCAUUAGGUUAUGUAUAUGAGGGCAUGUGGAGAGUUAUUAAAGGGGUGAAAGAGCUGUUCAAAAAUAAGGAGAAAUUGUAUGGGAACUGCAUUUUGGUUGAAUCCAGCUUAGCUUUUCAGUAUGAUCCUGAAAGCCUUACUGGUAGUUCAGAGGUGACAAGAGGAUUGCUUGAUGUCCUUGACCUUAUGGUCCCUGGUGCAGAAGAUUUGAUGGGGGAAAUGAAUACUUUUCGUGAAAAAAGGGAAGAUGAAUGGUGGAGAACUUUUGAAUUUGAUGCACCAAAUCUUCAAAAGGUGGCUAUUAAACUCUUGAGUCAGACAUCUUCCUCUUCCGGAUGUGAACGCAAUUGGAGUGUGUUUGAAAGAAUUCACACAAAGAAAAGGAAUAGAUUGGAGCAUCAAAGGCUUAAUGACCUUGUCUUUGUUCACUACAACUUGCGUUUAAAGAAUCGGUAUGAGCUAUGA